AUGCACCUCUGUCCACAGGUCGUCGUCCUCGCCUGCGUGGUUGUCGUCGCUCUGUGCGACAAGGCCCCAGUCCACGCCCCUCAUCCCCCCGUCUACACUUCUAGACCUGCCUACCACGCCCCUACACCUUACCACGCCCCUGAACCCGCCUACCACGCCCCCAAACCCGCCUACCACGCCCCCGAACCCGCCUACCACGCCCCCGAACCCGCCUACCACGCCCCCGAACCCGCCUACCACGCCCCCGAACCCGCCUACCACGCCCCUGAACCCGCCUACCACGCCUCAAAACACUACGAGCCCGAAUACGCUGACGUGCCUCCCAAGUACAACUACAACUACGGUGUCGCCGACACCUACUCCGGCGCCAACUUCGCCGCCUCGGAGUCCCGCGACGGCUACAACACCGAGGGCACCUACACCGUCGACCUCCCCGACGGCCGCAAGCAGAUCGUCAACUACGUGGACAACGGCGACGGUUAUGUAGCUCAGGUCACCUACGAGGGCGAGGCUCAGUACCCCGAGUACAAGCCCACCUACAAGCCCGCUUCCCCUACCCCAGCGUAUGCUUAAGUAAUAAGGAAUAUAUUUCAGAUACAUGUAUAUUCAACGAAUUAUAUUAUAUUUUCUCAUAUGUGAAAUAAAGAUCUUGUUUAUA